AUGGGAACAGAUACUAGAAAGAAGCUUGGUAAGUCUUGCUUGGUAUGUCGACGCAGAAAAGUUAAGUGUGACAAGAUAAAGCCUGUGUGUCUUGCAUGCAUUAAGCAUCAAUCUACGGGGGAGUGCAAGUAUGAAGAUCGCGGAAAUAUACGGUUCUUUCACAUGGUUUACGAACAGCAGCAUGAUAGUGCUGGUUCAGGUGACAAAGUUUCUAAAACCUCAGGCACUAAGAAACAGCCUGUGCCGAAAAGCAAUGUGGUCCAGGAGCUGGAUUUCUUGAAGAACAAGCUACAUUCAUUAGAGGUCUUACUACAGGAAUCACCUCCUCCCACAGCAGAUCAAAAUACCAGCCCAAGUGUAAAGGUAAAUGGUGACUCGAAUUCGCUUGCAAAAUUUGGAGUUAUGGGCUUCAAUGAAGACUAUGGAGCUAUCGAAGUGAGGGCGGGUAGAUUAGCAUUUGCUGGACCUUUGCACUUCAUAGCCCUUUCUAGGCGAGAUCCAUUUCUCUAUGUGUUCAUUACACUGCUAAGGAAGCUGAGAUUUCAAACACAUGAUGAAGGAAUGAAAAACAAGUCAGAGGCACAUCGCAAGUACCCGUACAUUAAAUACUCACAAGACGAAAUUGCCUAUCAACUAAUUUAUAGCUCAACGGCCGCAGCAAAAGGAGAAGGUAGCUCCGAUGGCACGCAGGAUAAUAAAUCGGACAAGGAAGAUGCUCCCAGUAAUAGUAAGGCGCAUGGGGACAAAAAUUCAACAGGGGAUGCUGAGAAUGCUGAAGACUCUGAAGAUGCAGAUGACUCAGUGAAUAAGUCCAGUUCACAUUUUUCAACUAUUGGCGAUAAUGUUGAGCUCAGGUUCAAGAAAAAGCUUAUGGAGAACGAAGGGUUAGAUGAAAUGGGAUCAAUAGAUCAUAGGCAAGAUAUCACAAAUAAUCCAUUAUCCGUCGUAAAUCUUUUAAAUCAGGAGAACAAGAUGAAAUCGUCUUUAGAAAACGAAACGAGUAGCACCCCUGCCAAUCAAAACGGUGAUCUUGCGAUAUGGAGAAAACUUCAGACCCUGCUAUCUACAUUGCAGCAGCAACAGUUGGAACAGCAGAAGAAGCUGCUCGCAAAUCAGAGAGUUCCGGAAAUGCUUUUCGGUCAAUUUGCAUCAAGUAGUCCUAGCUCUGAAUGGACUGUACUCUCAAUUAUUCAAAGCAUUAUUCCGACUGAUAAGCUUAUCUGGAUCCAUAUUGAUAACUUUUUCAAGUCUCCACUAUAUGCUCUUUAUCCUGUUUUGAAUGAGGACUGGUUUCGUGAUACAAUGACAAACUUCAUCGGAGAACGAAGAGAUAUAGAAGUACAGCCAAAAGUCACUAUUUUAAAGAGAUUUGGGUUUUCCAAUGUUGGCUGCUUACUCAUAGUUCUAAGACUUUCAUUUUUGAUGUAUCCCGAUAAACUUGAAAACUGCUCGACAGACGAAGAGCGGUACGUUUUGUCGCAUCCGAUCGGUAUUGAAUUCAUAAACGUGGCGCAGAUGUGUCUGAAUCUAUUCAAAAUGCUGAGAAAAGGAGUUCUGCCCGUCUUGCAUUGUGCACUCCUGUUACGUAUCUAUAGAAGAUAUGCCCCUGAGGAGGGCGACGUUGUUGAUGGAGGGGAUACAGAACCAUUUACAGGAUUACUAGUGCGCAUAGCAACUUCUAUUGGUUUAAAUACAGAAGCAGAGACUUCAUAUCAAUUAUCUCAAUCGCCAUGGUAUCUCCAGGCUUGGAGGAAAUGCUGGUAUAUUAUCUACUUUUUGGAUGAGUAUGAAGCAAUGAAUAGUGGUAACACGACAAUUAUUGAUGGGGAUUCUUUCAACACAAAGCUUCCGUCCAUCGAUGUCGACGCAAAUGGAGAGUAUCCUAGCUAUGUCACGGAUGCUAAGGUUGAGAAUGCGUCCAUAAGUUGCUUUACUAAGAACUUCAAUCUAUCUUUGUAUUGCCGCACCCUACUGAAAAUUGUUGUUAAUAAGAGAUCCAAAGUUAGCUGUCAAGCUGUUCAGAAAGCCAUCGAUGAAGUCGAAGAUUGCCUCAGGGAGAACUUUGGUGACGAUCUCAAGACAAUUAUUUCUCAACCUUGCACCACUAUUGAGGAGUCAAUACACAAGUGUAACAACUUCAAAACUUAUAUGGAAACAAUUUCAUUUCUGAUAAUGGUUUAUUUUCAUCUGUAUUUGCAUGUGGACAAACUGGUGGCUGAAGAUUCCAAAACAUACGAUCCAAAGAUGUCUUUUUUUUAUCUCAAAAAAUUACUGAAUAUUUACGCUGAAGUUGAGCCUGUACUCAUUCUCCUGUAUUAUAGCAAAGUUACAACGGCGCAAAAAGAUGUCUUCGAAGUAAUUUUUGGUCAUAAUUCGAAGAUGAUUAUCUCCCAGAGCUGUUGUUUGUUCAUAUCUAGGUAUUCUGUCAUCAUGUUAGGUUUGGUAUCAAGAUUGGAGCAUCUCAAGUUUAAUUAUUUGAAUAAAGAAGAAAAGCACAAUUUGUUUAGACAUCCCGAAAUUAUAAAGAGUCUGCCCAAAAUGAUAGAUCUAAUAAUAAAGAUUGCGCUUGAUAAAUUUGCAAAUUUUGCAAGUAUAAAUCAACUAUUGAGUGGCACUUAUUUCUAUGCAUGGAAGCUUUUCAAAGGAAGGCCUUAUCUUUAUAAACUAUUGAACAAUCAAGUUAAUAACCUUUUUGAUUUGAACUCCAAAAUGAACCAGCAACACGUAAAACUAUCUGGGAGAGACUUAGAAACCGGGGAGCCCCUUCUGCAGGAUGCAUUAAAUCCUUUGUAUGCCAUUCCCAAAUUCAAUACACUGUUGUUUGCUGAGCUCUCUGAUUUUGGUGAAAUUCUGUCCAUUCUCAGCUCAACGAAAUGGGAUGCAUUCGCGCCUUACAUUAAAGAAGAAGAGGCAAGAGUAGCUCGGGAAUAUAGAACAAACGAGUUCAGGAAGAAACGCAAUGGCGGUAAGCCGAAGAAAUCAUCAAUAUCUUCAAGAAAUAGUAAGAAGAGCCCCGGACUUUCUGAAGUACGCUCUAGAAGCCAGAAUUUUGGGCCAAAUGACGUUUCGUAUAGUAAUUCUCCUCAGAGCACCCUUUCGGGAAGUGACGUGAACUCUGCGACGGUAGGAACGACAGAUGAUAUUGAGGGUCCCAAUGAUCGGAAAACAUUGGACGAAGUUGAUGCAUUCUGGUAUAGCACGAUGCUUCGUAACGCCAAUGGAAAUGCAGACUGGACUCCUUCCCCCUCUAACAACUUUACGUCUCGCCAUCAAAAUGUCGAGUUGCGGGGAAAGCCUAACAGUCAGCUUGGGAUUAGAACUGAUAAUGGCGGCUAUGAAGAGCAGGCCGAAAACGCAGAAAAGAUCGUAAAUGAUGAAAUAAGUAAUGGAAAUGUGGGCUUAGAUGAGCUUUUUAACAACCAGGCGUUGUUACAAGAGCAUGUCAUUCAGCAGUUACAACAGUUAACUAGCCGACAAGCUACAAUCAAUGACCAGCAUGCUCAAAAGAGCAUUGGUAAUACUUAUGAUGUCUCUAGAAGUGAUUCCCCUAGGGACAAUCCACUUAACAAAGACACAAAUGCUGUUGCCGAUGCAGAUAUCGGUACAUUUUCAAGCUUUGAUAAUUUUGACUUAUUUUUUCCAAUAUCAAGUGUUUACGGUGAUGACGUGGAUCUUAAAUAG